AUGUCCAAAGAAGUGAGUGAAGAGGGACAAGCCCACCACCAUGGGAAGGACUAUGUGGACCCACCACCAGCUCCUCUCAUCGACAGCGAUGAGCUCAAGCGGUGGUCUUUCUACAGAGCCCUCAUAGCCGAGUUCAUAGCCACCCUGCUCUUCCUCUACAUCACCGUAUCCACUGUCAUAGGCAACAAGGUCCAGAGCGGGCCUUGCGAUGGCGUUGGCCUUCUGGGUAUUGCCUGGGCCUUCGGUGGCAUGAUCUUCGUCCUCGUCUACUGCACCGCCGGCAUCUCUGGUGGUCACAUUAACCCAGCUGUGACUUUCGGGCUGUUCUUGGCUCGCAAGGUCUCGUUGAUCAGAGCUGUGGCUUACAUCGUGGCGCAGUGCUUAGGAGCCAUUGUUGGCGUUGGGCUGGUCAAGGCCUUCCAGAAACACAACUACAACUCACAGGGUGGUGGAGCCAACACGGUGGCUUCUGGCUACAGCAGGGGCACAGCUUUGGGUGCUGAGAUUAUUGGCACCUUUGUUCUCGUCUACACUGUUUUCUCAGCCACUGACCCCAAGAGGAGUGCACGUGACUCCCACGUGCCUGUUUUGGCUCCACUGCCUAUUGGGUUUGCUGUGUUCAUUGUGCACUUGGCUACAAUCCCCAUCACUGGUACCGGAAUCAACCCAGCAAGGAGCUUUGGUCCUGCUGUGAUUUUCAACAACGGAAAAGCCUGGGAUGACCAGUGGAUCUUCUGGGUUGGGCCAUUUGUUGGAGCUCUGGCUGCAGCUGCAUACCACCAGUACAUUCUCAGAGCAGCAGCUAUCAAGGCUUUGGGAUCAUUCAGAAGCAACCCAACCAACUGA